AUGCCCAAGGUCGUCUCUCGCUCCGCGGUCUCCUCGUCCACCGAUGCCCAACCAACAGCAUCCUCAACAGCAGCACUACGCGUCUACUAUUGCAUCUGCGGCGAGUUCAUCCUCGUUAUAGACAAAAGCCUUGCUUCCCUACCGCGUCGGAAGACAGAUGGCGCCGUUGUGAUACGAUGUCAAGACACUGAGCUUGGGAAGGCCCGGGUUUUCAAGCUGAACGCGACACCGAAGGAUCCAAUUUUGGUAGAACGCGCCGAUGGAUAUGAACGUCAAUAUCAAUUCCAGUGUCCAAGGUGUACGCUGCCCGUGGCGUAUCAGACCACACCGCCACCAGCCAAGUCAGGACCCCAUUUGUACAUUCUCAAGGGUGCCCUUAGCCAGAUACAAGGUCAGGUUCCGCCUGACGCCUUCGCAGACGAGGAGCCUAGUCAGGCAUGA